CCACGCGUCGGCCCUGACUUCCAGCGCCGCCAGCCCGGGAAGCGCCUGGGGGGGCUCCGGGGCCCGCGCCGAGCGCGGGGAAGGGGCCGGGCCCGGGCGCAGCGGCCGCUGCGGCGGGCGGGCGCCAUGGCGGGGCGGGCGGCGCCAUGUCGGGGGCAGCCCUGAGGGAGCGGCGGCGGCGGCGUGCGUGCUGCGGGCGGGCCGCCCCCGGCGCGGGCCCGCCUCGGCCGCAGCCGCGGUCAGGCGGCGGGCGGAGAUGAACGCGUCGGGGCGGCUGCCGGUGGGGGGCGAGGAGGAACCCCCGGGCGCCUCGCUGGCGCCGCUGCUGCGGCUGGGCGGGAACGGCAGCGCGGGCGCCGGCCCCGGGGAGCUGCGGGAGGAGACCCACGCUGCCACCCUGGCGGCCUGCGCCUCCCUGCUGGCCCUCGUCUUCUGCUUGGGCUCCUACGGCAACCUCAUCGUCCUCCUGUCCUUCUUCGACCCGGCCCUCAGGAAAUUCAGGACCAACUUCGACUUCAUGAUCCUCAACCUCUCCUUCUGCGAUCUCUUCAUCUGCGGGGUGGCCGCCCCCAUGUUCGCCUUUGUCCUCUUCUUCGACUCAGCCCGAGGCGUCCCGGGCGCCUUCUGCUUCACCUUCCACCUCACCAGCUCGGGCUUCAUCAUCAUGUCGCUCAAGACGGUGGCAGUCAUCGCCCUGCACCGGCUGCGCAUGGUGCUGGGGAAGCAGCCGCACCGUGCCACCUCCUUCCCCUGCGCUCUUCUCCUCACCCUGCUCCUGUGGGCCACCAGCUUCACCCUGGCCACCCUGGCCACCCUGAAAACCCACGGCUCCCGCCUCUGCCUGCCCAUGUCCAGCUUCGCCAGCGGCGAGGGCAAGAUCAUCCUCUACCUCUACGUCACUGACUUCAUCUGCUGCGUGGCCGUGGUGUCUGUCUCCUAUGUCAUGAUUGCCCAGGCCCUGCGGAGGAACGCCCAGGUGAGGAAGCGCCCACCUGUGGUGGCCGUGGACACCUCCAGACCACAGCCCUUUGCAGGGCCCCCGGCUGCGCAGAGUGCCGUGCCCGCCUUGUACAGGAACCAGAGCUACAGCAAGCCACAGCACGUCCAGACGCAUGGCUACGGCAAGCACCUCGGCCAGCCGCCGGCCGCUGCUGCUGGCCGGCUCCAGCUGGUGUCGGCAGUCAACCUGUCCACAGCCAAAGACUCUAGGGCAGUGGUGACGUGCGUUGUCAUCGUGCUCUCUGUCUUGGUUUGCUGUCUGCCCCUGGGCAUCUCUCUGGUGCAGGACAUGCUGUCCAGCAGCGGUGGCUUUGUUCUCUACCAGUUUGAGCUGUGUGGGUUUACCCUCAUUUUUUUCAAAUCUGGAUUAAAUCCUUUUAUAUAUUCCCGCAACAGUGCGGGACUUCGGAGACGAGUCCUCUGGUGCCUGCAGUACGUAGCCCUUGUCUUUUUCUGCUGCAAGCAGAAGACAAGGCUUCGGGCCAUGGGCAAAGGCAGCCUGGAAGUCAACAGGAACAAGUCAUCCCACCACGAGACCAAUUCAGCGUACAUGUUGUCUCCAAAACCUCAGAAAAAGGUUGUGGACCAAGCCUGUGGUCCUAGUCACUCCAAGGAAAGCGUGCUGAGUCCCAAGGCUUCUGUCGGGCAUCAGCACUAUGCACAGAGCAGCUCAACCCCCAUGAACACUCGAAUCGAGCCCUAUUACAGUAUCUAUAACAGCAGCCCUUCCCAGGAAGGGAGCACCCCAAAUAGCUUACAGCCCGUGAACUCGACUUUUGGGUUUGCCAAGUCCUACAUUGCCAUGCAUUAUCAUACCACCAACGACUUGGUGCGAGACUAUGAUAGUGCUUCAACUAAGCAGAUACCAGUGCCCUCGGUGUAACCCUAGGAAAGGGUUCUGAUCUAGCUGAUCCAGUGGGUCCCCUUCUUUGCUUUUGUUAACGAUUAUUCUAAACUCAAUGAUACAGUUUUGCUGUACUGCUGCUAAUUAAGAAAAAUGCCACUACUGUUAAUAUCCAGCUAUUUGCAUUUGAAGUGAAUACUAGGAUAUUACUUGUGCGACGCUUUCUUGAACUUCUGUGGCAAGUCAAAAAGGGCGCUAUUUUAGAUUUGUACUUAGAAUUGUUACAUGAGGGUGUUUUUAUUACUAAGUCUUACCACUGGACAAGUAAAAAAAAGUCAGCACUGUAACUAUGCGAUUCAUUAUGUCACGAGGCAGAGUAUCUCAGAGAACCAUCUGAGGCUGUGCCAGAAGUACUACCUGUUAAAUAGCAUACUUGCCGUAUUUUCCAGAAGGAAAAAUUGGGAGGAUGCUCAGUAUUAUGAUACUUAAGUUUAAACUCUCCUCAUUGCAGGAGGUUGAAAGAAUCGGUGGUAUUUUGUUGUAGCAAGUGUUGGUGACAGCAGGAGUCCUUUCUAUGCGCAGGGUGAAAUCCUGGUUCCGUUGAGGUAAAUGGCAAAAUUUCCAUGAACUUCAGCUGGAAGUUCAGGAUUUCAGCCUAGGCUUCCUAAAGCAGGACAGGGCAUUUUACAAACACCAUUAUAUUGCCACUGGGGAAGGACUUUUGAGAAGUGUUGUGGCACAGUAAUAAACCUCUGAAGUAUAUAUAUAUAUAAAUUUCCACUGUACAUUUAUUUCAGGGAUUGGUGGCGUUAUGUAUCCCAAAAUAAUAUAUUUGGAGAAGUAUUUUACAUCUGAUAGAAAUAACUGUGCAAUAUGUAAUUAUAGGUUUUACUUGAGGAUAAAGAUGAAUUUUGCAAUAUUAUAGUACUGAUACACUAUUAGUAAUGUAGUCACCUCUGGAAUUUUCUAAUUCAUAAGCUGUUACGCAGAGAGUAGUGUUGCUGGUUGCUUUUUGUUUAUGACUUUGUAUAAAAGCGGGAAUUGGGGGGAUUCGGCUGUGAUAUUCUUGACAGGUAGAACUGACAGCUAUUAACAUUUUUAAAAACAGAAUGACCACAUGACAAGAUGACCACAAGUUUUUGAGGUUUUCUUAAGAAGCCUAACAUCAGUUUGAUUUAAAGAUUAAUAAUUGUCUACUUAUAAACUUUAUCUGUUGGUCUACACAGUGAGCAAAUAACAGAAGUUAAAUAUUUUUUUAUAAAUCCAACCAUUUGUGUUGUGUCACGUGUUGUGGGAAUUCCUUAUGAAAUGGAACAAUCCGGAGGCAUUUAAAUUCCUGACAAUUAUUGCUUUAAGUGGCCAGAUCUUUUCAAAACAGGCAAUCACCUUUCAACUUCUACGGACUUCAGCAGAGUCUUAGUAUCUCCGAAAUAAUUGUGCCACAGACUUUUGGUGCCUCAUUAUAGGAAAAUGCCACAUCUUUAGCCAAAUUACAGUGAUGGAAAGAUGACUUGUUAUUUUAGGAAAAAAAACAUUCACAUCAUUGCUGUGUGUGAGUUGUUGGUUUAGGCUAUUUGUUAACUAAACUAUUUUCAAGAUUUUCCUGGAAGACUAUUACAUUAUGAACACUGUUCUUUGUUUAACACUCUGAAUUUUAAUUAAUUUUGAAUAAUUCAAGACAGCUUUCUUGCAAUAAAAUGGAUGUGAACAA